AACAAUCGAAUCCGGAUCCGAUCCGAUUCGCCUCAACACCAUCAUUAUUUAUCUGUUUCCCCCUUUUCCCAAGCUCUAACAUUUAGGGUUUCGCGAAAAAUCAAUCAGGUGAAAAAUAAUCGAAUUAUUGUAAAAUUGAUACAUAAAUUCACAUUCAAAAGCCAAAGAGCUGAGAAAUUAUUUUUUGUAAACUGUUGGUCCUUCGGAGAGUGUCCAUGAACGUUAGUCUUCAAUGGAUACAUCUGUAAUGCAGACGAAUCUUCCCAAGGUAGAAGACAAUGAUGAAUGGGACACUGAUGGGUUUGUGAUUCCGAGCUUGGAGAUUGAAGAAGACAAGGUUAAUAAUAAUAAUGAUUCAGAAGUUGAAACAUCAAAACCUUCUUCUCCUAAGAGUAAAGCUGAAGAAAACAUCUACUUAGGACCACAUGGAGCUCCUCCUUCGCAGCUACAAGAUGGUGGUAGUAACACAUCGAGCCGCAAGCAGCGGUUUAAGCAGAUGCUCAAGGAAGCAGAUCAGAAAAUGAGCGGCUCUGGUCGAGAAAACAAAAUGGCUAACUUAAGAGAGCUUGUAGGCGGGGGUGCAGGUGCAGAGAAAGGAACUAAUAUGGGAAAAGGUGUUUCAAGAGACUGGCUUGACCCUCAUUGCCAUGAAUCUCAGUUCGAGAAACGACGACUUCCAUAACGCGAGAAACCGCUAUCUUUUGAAAAUGUUUUGUAUCAAUCAAAAUACCAAAAAAGUUUAAAGCAAUAAAACAGUCUUCAUACCCUGUCCUUUGAGAGAAUCAUCCAUGAAUUCUUGGUCAUGGAGCAUAACACUAGAGAGCUUCAUAUGUAUAGAUGU